ACAAGCUGACACGUUAUGGGGCUAUUACACGUCACAGGAAUAACAGCGAGCACCCUGAGAAGAGUGACGCCUCCACACCGGCUGGUGGCAGUAAUGCAGCAGCUCAUUGCUGCAGAGUCAGCUUUGCUCGCAGCUCAGACCGGAAGUCGGCUCAGCAUGCCGGUGUUCUCGCGCAGCGGGGCAUGGCUUCGUGCUGCCCUGUUCUCCCCUCACAGCAGGAGCGCGUUUCGACUUACGCAGCCGAGCGUUAGUCGAGCGAGAAACCCGUUUGUCGCGCCGGGCACAGCCUCCAACGCCUCUGUCCGACCCGGCGGUGUUUUUGCCGUUCAGGCAGCGAGCAGAAUGAGCGCGUCGUCCCCUGAAAUGUGGCAGAGGAUGGUGUGGGUGGACCUGGAGAUGACAGGUCUCGACAUUGAAAAGGACCAGAUCAUUGAAAUGGCGUGCAUUAUCACAGACUCUGACCUGAACGUACUGGCUGAGGGGCCAAACCUGAUCAUUAAGCAGCCAGAUGAGCUGCUGGAAGGGAUGUCAGAGUGGUGUAAAGAGCAUCAUGGAAAGUCAGGACUGACCCAGGCUGUGCGGGACAGUAAAAUCAGCCUGGAACAGGCAGAGUACGAGUUCCUGUCCUUCGUCAGGCAGCACACUCCACCUGGACACUGCCCCCUUGCUGGGAACUCUGUGCAUGCAGAUAAGAGGUUCCUGGACAAGUAUAUGCCACAGUUCAUGUACCACCUUCACUACAGAAUCAUCGACGUCAGCACCAUCAAGGAGCUCAGCAGACGGUGGUUUCCAGAAGAAUACAAGAUGGUGCCUCAUAAGAAAGCAACACACAGAGCCUUGGACGACAUCUGGGAGAGCAUUAAAGAGCUGCGGCACUACAGAGCCAACAUCUUCAAAGAAUCAGCAGAGAAGAAGAGCAAGAUUGUUGAAAACGGAGCCAGUAAUACGAGUUAGCACACCUGAGUGGGUCUGUGGUCCUCACUGUCCAUCAUUAUCGUCUCCUCUGAUUUUAGUUUAUCAUCUUAGAACUGCCUGAUAAUCCUUUGUUAGAAUACUGUAAAUGUAGAGGUUUCAUCAAAGAUCUAGCAGUUUUUUUUUUUUAAAGAAACUUCUGUUUCCAAGUUUAAAAGAGUGACCUUUGAUAGAUUGGAGGUUUGUAUUUAUUUAGACAGUCUCUGAGAUAAAUGUUCAAUUAUUCUUGUUUUUAAAAUGAAACCAAAUAAAUUUGGUUGUCCCUGUGGAAACAUUCA